AUGUGCAAAAUUCUCUCUGGGGUCUAUUGUGUAGGCUUCUACAGUGGAAGUUUUUUCAUAAUCCUUUUGACUAUCGAUAGAUACCUGGCCAUCGUCCAUGCAGUGUUUGCAUUAAAAGCCAGGACGAUCACCUAUGGCACCCUCACAAGCGUCGUCACUUGGGUGGUGGUCUUAUUAGCCUCUGUGCCAGAAUUUGUAUUUCACCAUGUUCAAAAGGCAAAUGAGACAUAUGAAUGUACCAUUCAUUAUCCCUUAAAAAAUGAAAAAGUAUGGAAGCAAUUUCUAACUUUAAUGAAGUUCAUUUUGGGCCUAGCCAUUCCUACAGUCAUUAUUAUCUUCUGUUACCUGCGGAUUAUCAUGAUUUUGAUUAAGGGUAGAAAUCAGAGAAAGCAGAAGGCUUUCAAGCUUAUUGCUGUGAUCAUGGUUGUUUUUUUCCUCUUCUGGAUGCCAUACAACAUUGCCCUCUUGCUGCGGACCUUUCAAGAUUCAUUUUUUUCAUUUAACUCAGAGAAUAAUAUUGAGGGCAAGGUAGCUUUCGGUGUUGAAGUCACAAGAGUAAUUGCUCUGAUUCACUGUUGCAUCAACCCUGUGAUUUAUGCCUUUCUGGGCGAAAAAUUUCGGAAAUAUACCUCUAUAUUUUUCCAAAAGUGCUUGUUAGCUCCUCUCUGUAGGCUCUGCCCAGGUCGCAAUUAUCCUGUUUUGGAACGGUCUACUUCCUCCUAUAUAAGUUCAACAGAACAUGAAAUUUCUAUUGGUUUAUGAAGUGGUUUCCUGUUGUCUUUGUCCAUCUUUUCUUUCUAAAGACUUUAGUUGGUUAGGGUUGCCAUAUGUCCGGGAUUUCCAGGACAUAGCCAGGAGAUAAUAAUAAUAAAAAAUUUUAUUUAUAUCCCGCCCUCCCCAGCCGAAGCCGGGCUCAGGGCGGCUAACGACAAUAAAAUAAUACAACAUUCUAAAAUCAUUUCAUUAUAAAAUUAAUUCAAAUCAAAUUGAUGGCAACCAUUGGGCUAGAGUUCUGUGAAGAUUGCCAAAGGAGGGAGUCAGGCUGUGCCCUAGCCAAAGGCCUGGUGGAACAGCUCUGUCUUGCAGGCCCUGCGGAAAGAUGUCAAGUCCCGCACGGCCCUAAUCUCUUGUGGCAGAGCGUUCCACCAGAUUGGAGCCCUGGCUCCAGUUGAGGCCAGCCUAAUCUCUCUGUGGCCUGGGACCUUCAGGAUGUUUUUGUUUGAAGACCGUAAGUUCCUCUGUGGGACAUACCAGGAGAGGCGGUCCCAUAGGUACGAGGGUCCUAGGCCGUAUAGGCCGUAUAGAUAGCAGUGUCCGGGAAGAAAUCGCUUAAAUGUCCAGGCAAAUCCGUACGUAUGGCAAUUCAUGUCGGAAGUCUAGUUUGGGGCAAGUUUUCUUAAAGCUGCUUCUUCUUUUUUGAGAUUUUGCAAAAGAAGCCCAACAACUCUUGCGUCCAGAUUUUCACUUUUUGAAAUAUGCCAAUCCAAUGUUGGUAUAUCUGACCAAAGUAUUUUAGACUGCUAAGGGGAAGAUGAAAACGAUGUGUUAGGAUACCAUUCUCGCGCCCUUCCCCCUUGGGGCUCCCGUGGGAGCAGGCAGAUCCGGUGAGACAUAUUUUGAUGUACUACAAUUCCUGUUAUGAUAGGUGGUGAAAAACUGCUCACGCAAAUUGUUGAAAAAUACUGAGCUUGUAGAAAUAAAUGCCGAACUCUCGCUUUGGAAGUCAGUUGUAUCAGGAAAGUGAAGACAAUUCCUAUCGAAUUUCUCUCAAUAGGAGAUGCAGAAAUGGAUCACGAAGCCCAGGAUGUUAAUGAGUUAUGUCUGCCAUUAUCUGGUCUUCCAAAAUAGGUAAAGGUAAAGGGACCCCUGACCAUUAGGUCCAGUCGUGGCCGAUUCUGGGGUUGCGGCGCUCAUCUCGCUUUAUUGGCCGAGGGAGCCGGCGUACAGCUUCCGGGUCAUGUGGCUAGCAUGAGUAAGCCGCUUCUGGCGAACCAGAGCAGUGCACGGAAACACCGUUUACCUUCCCGCCGGAGUGGUACCUAUUUAUCUACUUGCACUUUGACGUGCUUUUGAACUGCUAGGUUAGCAGGAGCAGGGACCAAGCAACGGGAGCUCACCCCAUCAUGGGGAUUCAAACCGCCGACCUUCUGAUCGGCAAGUCCUAGGCUCUGUGGUUUAACCCACAGCGCCACCCAUGUCCCUCUUCCAAUAUAGGGAGACAUUAAGUCCUGGACAGGUUCAUAUGGACAUCUGAAGCAGCCUUAAGUGGACCAGAACAUUGGUCCAUUAUUAACCCAAUACCUGGAUAGGCUGCAGCUGAUCCAGGACUUCAGACUGAGUUUUUCUCAAGUCCUGCUACCAGAAGGCCCUAUAAGGGAAGAUGUCAAGGACUGAAGUUAGAACAUUUAAGCACCACCAAAUUCAAUGGAACUUACUCCCAGUUCACUCUGUAUAUAACUGCCGUCAUGCUGAUUCUAAUAAAUUCUGUAUUAUGCCACCUUUGGGAGAGUGUAUAUUAUUUUAUAAUAAAUCAGCACAGGAGCUGUUUGUCAUCCUGGGGUUUUGGGAAAGAUCAUAAUGGGCUCCUGUACUACCUACAACUCUGUCAGGUGCUGCUCAUAUUCCUAAACUUUUGGCUUCUUUGGAGAAGAGAUCUUAAGCCAUUAAGGGACAUCAAACCAUGAUUAGUGUUUUCUUGUUUGACAAAGGGAACAGCAAGGUCAAAACUCUGAGCAAGGCUUAUAUGUGAAAAGGAUCUAGGAGUCUUGGUUGACCACAAACUUGACAUGAGCCAACAGUGUGACGCGGCAGCUAAAAAAGCCAAUGCAAUUCUGGGCUGCAUCAAUAGGAGUAUAGCAUCUAGAUCAAGGGAAGUAAUAGUGCCACUGUAUUCUGCUCUGGUCAGACCUCACCGGGAGUACUGUGUCCAGUUCUGGGUACCACAGUUCAAGAAGGACACUGACAAACUGGAACGUGUCCAGAGGAGGGCAACCAAAAUGGUCAAAGGCCUGGAAACGAUGCCUUAUGAGGAACGGCUAAGGGAGCUGGGCAUGUUUAGCCUGGAGAAGAGGAGGUUAAGGGGUGAUAUGAUAGCCAUGUUCAAAUAUAUAAAAGGAUGUCACAUAGAGGAGGGAGAAAGGUUGUUUUCUGCUGCUCCAGAGAAACGGACACGGAGCAAUGGAUCCAGACUACAAGAAAGAAGAUUCCACCUAAACAUUAGGAAGAACUUCCUGACAGUAAGAGCUGUUCGACAGUGGAAUUUGCUGCCAAGGAGUGUGGUGGAGUCUCCUUCUUUGGAGGUCUUUAAGCAGAGGCUUGACAACCAUAUGUCAAGAGUGCUCUGAUGGUGUUUCCUGCUUGGCAGGGGGUUGGACUCGACGGCCCUUGUGGUCUCUUCCAGCUCUAUGAUUCUAUGAUUCUAUGAUUCUAUGCCCAGGAUGAUAAAUAGUUCCUCUGUUACCUGAUCUUCUACUAGAGGGAGACAUUAAGCCCUGGAUAGGUGCAUAUGAACAUUUGAAGCUACCAUUGGCAGUGUUAGAUUCUUGGUCUAUUAAUGCAGAUUGUCUACUUAGAUAAGCAGCAAUUGAUCCUGGACUUCAGGCUGAGUUUUUCUCAAGUCCGGCUACCAGAAGGCCCUAUAAGGGAAGAUGUCAAGGACUGAAGUUGGAACCUUCUGCAUGUAAAGCACCAUUGAGUUCAAUGGAACUUACUCCUCCUUUACUCUGCAUACAACUGCAGCCAUGCUGACCCUAAUAAAUUGUGUAUUGUGCUAUCUUUGGGAGAGUCUGCAUUAUUUCACAAUGUAUUAAUACAGCUGUUUGCCUUUUUACACCUUUAGAAGACACCUGAAGGCAGCCCUGUAUAGGGAAGGUUAAAAAAUAAUAAUAAUGUGUUAUUAUGUUUUUCUAUCAUUUGGAAGAUGCCUAGAGUGGCUUGAGCAACCCAGUCAGAUGGGUGGGGUAUAAAUAGUAAAAAUAUUACUACUACUACUACUACUACUACUACUAUUAUAACUAUUAUUAUUAUGGAAUUGGACAUCCCUAUUUUCAUAGAAUAGAUGUUGAAGAGUAUGAUGGCCUGUGAAGAAAUGUUGCAGCAGUUGGGGAUUUUAAGUUUAGAGCAGUGAUUCCCAGCCUGUCAGGAGUUCAGGUUCCCAGCUUGAUAACACAGUAAGCGUAGCUAAUUAAAAAGGAGGAUUUAUUGCAAAAACAAACAGAUAGCUCUGGACAGCUCUGACAAAGCUGCUGGCAUCAUUACUCAAGAUGACCCCUCUGAAGACCCCUUCUGGGUUUUGCAAAAGAUAUUGAACUUGUGUAUCUUACGUCUUUUGUUUUGCUUCUUGUCUAACAGCCCUCCCCUUAGCCGACUCUUAGGAGGGACUGGAUCAGCUCCAAUCUCUUCCUGUUCUGACAGACUACUUCCUUCUCUGUUCCCGCCUGUUGGAACUUCCCGAGAACUUUGGCUGGGUUCCCUCCUGCUCUCAAUCAUUCCCUUAUCAUCUGACAUUCCAGGGGGCGGAGGAGUUGGCACUAGCCAAUGCUCAGCCUGCAUGACAGUUAACUCUCUCUGUACCUGCUUCUUUCUUCAGUUGGCUGCAAACCUUCACUGGGAGCUGUCUCCUUCAUGACAGCAUCUCUAAAAUCCUGGUGCCCCCCCCCCAGUGACAUAUAAUUCUUAUUAUUCAAAAAGUGAACUCCUAUUCAUGUGGAGGAAGCCUAAAAGACCAUUAGUUGUUAAUAACUCAUUCUCGAAUUGCUCCCCUUAAAAAUCAAAUUGCCCCCCUGUGCGUCGUGUGCCCCAUGUUGGGAACCACAGGUUUAGAGGAAGGCAAGUAAGAUAGAAGAGGAGACAUGACUGUCAGAGACAUGGCCGGCAGAGAGGACUCAGCAGAGGGGGAGGAAGAGGCAGAGGAAAACAGGAACUUGGUUCAUUCACACCACGAAAGUGAGAUCGCUCUGGAUUGCUGCCUGUAAGUUUUCGCAGCAGCACAGAGAUGAGGGAGCAGGAUGCAGGUGGUCAUAGGGGUUUGGAUUCAACUCCAGAGGAGGUGGAAUUGGCUGCACCUGAGUCUCCAAGAAGUAGGAGGCGGAGCAAGCGACUAGAACAAAGGAGGACCAGCAGAAAGUGGGAGUGGGCUUGGCAUAUAUCUGGCCUUGGGAAGGGCCAGAAGCCAGUCGAGACAACUGACUCUGACAGUGAGGUAUGAGUUGUGGGAAGCUCAGAUUGCUGAAAGCCCAUUGUUGAUAAAUAAACCUCAACUAGUCGAACUGCCGGUGUGUCGUGUCUUGUGUGGGAGAAGUGCUAAACCUGACAGUGACAUGGCAUGAAGACAAGUGGAAAGAGAAAGGUUUCUCUCCCUGUCUCAUAGCAAUAGAACUCGUGGACGUCAAAUGGAGAAGAAUGUUCGAAGAUUCGGGACAGAUGAAAUAAAGCACCUCUUCAUGAGGUGUGUAGUUAAAUCAUGGAACUCAUUCCUGCGGGAGGCAGUGAUGGCCACCAAAUUCAUGGAGAGGGCUAUUGAAGGCUACUAGCCAUGUGGCUGUGCUCUGUCUCCACAGUUAGAGGAAGCAAUGCUAGGAAACAGCUUUCACCUUUGUCCCUAGCCUGCUGGAGAUCAUCAACCAGCACGACCAAGGCAGUUUCAGUCCCAUGAUGAGGCCUGAAUUGGGAUCCAAAUAGUCCGCAACCUCCAGGCGUGCCUGGAGUUGUUCAGCAACCACCCACUCAAUCACCUUGCCCAAGAAUAGAACAUUUGAGACUGGGCAAUAGUUGGCCAUACUGGCUGGGUCUAAAGAUUUUUUUAUGAAGCGGUUUAAUGACCACCUCUUUCAGCGGGUCUGGGAACGCUCCCUCACAGAGGAAAACAUUCACCACCCCGCAGAGCCCAUCGGCCAGCCCUUUCCGGCUUGCUUUUAUUAGCCAGGAUGGGGAGACAGGUGGUUGGUUUCAUGCGUCCAAGCAGCCUGUCCACAUCCUCAGAGGUAACGGAUUAAGAUUGAUUCCAUGCAACUUGACCAGACAGGGCUCUAGCACUCUCCUGCCCCAGCCCUGCUCCCACGGUGGAGUCUACUUCCUUCCAAAUCUGAGCAACUUUAUCUGCAAAAAAGUUGCAAAAUCAUUGCAGGAGAUCUUGGGGUCUUUACAAGGCCCCGAUGGUAAAAAGUGGUUCCGCUAAAUUGCGCACCACCUGAAAGAGUCUCCUGCUACUAUUUUCUGCAGAUGCAAUAGAGGUGAUGAAGAAAGUCUUCUUCGCCAUUGCUAUCACCACUUGGUAAGCUCAACCUUGAGCUCUAACCCAUGUCCGGUCUGAUUCAGAAUCAGUUUUCUGCCACCGGCGCUCAAGCCAUCUCAGCGAUUGUUUCCUCACCCUCAGCUCCAGAGGAAACCAUGGGGCUGUCCGGGCUCCAUGCAAUCGGAGAGGGUGCUUUGAAGCCAGACAGCCGAUAGGCUUGGUUAACUCCGCAUUCCAGCGGGCCACCAGGGAAUCAGCUGCACCAGGAAGUGAUCUGACCAUGGCACUUCUUUUGUUUCACUUUUACUUAGUGUCAGAGCACUAUGAGUUGGGCCAAACGUAUUCAGGGACAGCCCCAUGGAGGCCAUGCUUUCCAUGAAGUCCUGAGCAGCCCCUUGUAAGGUCGUGUCGGCAUGGAUGUUAAAAUCCCCUAGGACAACCAAACUAGGUGUCUCCAGGAGAACAUCUGCCAUGACCUGAAGCAGCUCGGGCAGGGAAUCCUUCAUGCAGCAGGGAGGUCGGUACACCAAAAGGAAUCCUGUACUGCCCCCAUUGCCCAACUUCCAGAAUAUGCACUCAGAGAACUGGGUCUUCCCAGUAGGACACCUGAUGCAAGCUAGUGACUUCCUAAAAAUCACUGCAACCCCUAUCCCCGCCCACAUGACCUGGGUUGCUGUCCGUAAGAGAAACCUGGUGGACAAGUAGCAGUUAGGACAAGACCAUCUGCUUCAUCCAUCCAAGUCUCUGUUACACAUGCCAGGUCAAGCCCUCCAUCCAUGAUCAAGUCAUGGAUGGCAGUGGUCUUAUGAAUCAUUGACCUAGUAUUGCACAGCAACACCGUCAGGUCAUGUGGGUUUCCCUUGUUGAUUCCAGUAUCCAUCCGGUCAAGACCAGACCCGGAGGCAGGGAUAGUCUUCAAACAAUGACUAAGCCUGCCUCCUCGGUAAUGACAUGGUCUGGUCUUAGCAUAAUUCCUCCUGCUGCCCAUGAUCACUGAGAUCGGAUGUCCCAGUGCAUCCCCCCCACCUGUGGAACUUGCCUCAGCCAUUCUAUUGGCUGGGGCCCACUCCGAGGCAGCCCUGAUCCCGCCCCUUAAAAACAAAACGCAAACUAUACAACAACCAAUAAAACAAUAAAAAAGCAGUUAUACUAAAACUAAUCCCCAACCAGAUAUCCAUCUCACCCAUCCCAACAGAGCAAAAAGGGGGGGAAAUAAGAAAAAUCUUAAAGUGUCACUGACUGCUUAAGGACAUUUAAAAACACAUAAAAUCCCAUAUAAACAGUCCUGUGAGACUUCAUUAGAUUGCUUUUGGUAUUUUUGCGAUUCAGCAUAAACAGCAACUCAAAAUUGUGCAAUGAAAGUCUAGUAAGAUACUUUGCAGUUUUCAAAAUCCUCUGCAGGGGUACGGAAACAGAUGUUGCUGACCAGGCAAAUGAUUGCUUUUAGAAUAAGGGAACUAUUUCUUGAUUUUAAGGAGUCACGUUUGUCCACUAGAAAUUUGCAGAACCAACUUUUCUACCCACAGGAAAGGGCUGUUUGUUUCUGGUUUCCACAACGUGCCUGUUCCAAAUAAUCCAGCUUUCACCAUCAUAUCUUAAAGGCAAGCACCUUUGUAAAUUGGUGAGUUAAUCUGAGUAAUGCAGGGAGGGGGGGUUGCAUUUGUGUGAAUUUUGUGCCUGACUUUGUACGUUUCCUUCUUCCUUCCCCACCCUUUCUUCUCUUUGUGUUUUGUCAUUUUCAGUUGUAAGCUUGAGGAUUGUGAUGGUGUUAUUUUUACUCACCUGUAAGCCAUCUUGGGAGCCUCUGUAGUUGAAGGGGUGGGGGCAUAAAUCUUCUGAAUCAAUCAGUACAUCCUCUGUGUCCCCACCCAAGCAUUUAAUGACUCUUGGCUAGUUCAUAAUAAUGAGUGAUUAAGAUAACAGAUUGCAUUGAACCAGCAUGGUGAAUUUUUGCAGCUAAGACUGCAAGCUUCAGAGAAGUUUCUCCUACUCAUUUUUGGAACUGUAAGUACAAUUCACUACAUUUCUGCAUCAGCAUGUGAUUUUUUCCAAACACGUUCUCAUUAAAAUUCUCAAACACCCCUGUCCUUUUUCUUUUACACGUUCUGCAUGCAUGACCUAACUUCCUGACAUUAGCAAGCAAUUUUAGCUUAAUAUUAUGCAUUUUGUAUAUUAUUGUCACAAAUAUAUGAAUUUCCACACACACAGUCUUCGAACAUGGGACGCGGGCGGCGCUGUGGGUUAAACCACAGAGCCUAGGACUUGCCGAUCAGAAGGUCGGUGGUUCGAAUCCCCGCAAUGGGGUGAGAUCCCGUUGCUUGGUCCCUGCUCCUGCCCACCUAGCAGUUCGAAAGCACGCCAAAGUGCAAGUUGAUAAAUAGGUACCACUAUGGCGGGAAGGUAAACGGCGUUUCUGUGCGCUGCUCUUGUUUCGCCAGAAGUGGCUUAGUCAUGCUGGCCCCAUGACCUGAAAGCUGUACGCCGGCUCCCUCAGCCAGUAAAGCAAAAUGAGCACUGCAAUCCCAGAGUCGGCCACGACUGGACCUAAUGGUCAGGGGCCCCUUUACCUUUACCUUUAGUCUCCUAACAUUUGCUCCCCCCCCCUUUUUUGAUUGGAGAACUGCAUUCCAAACUUUGGAAAAGUGUGAAUUUUGAAGGAGACCUGCAUUUCAGUUCAUGCAUUAUUUUGGGAAGUCUGAAUCACAAUGGUUUGCAAACUCAACCAAUUUCCUCCCCCAUCCCUUUUGCGAGUGGUGGGUGGAAGACCUCAGCACCUUGUGUUUUUCAUCAGUUUGGGAAUCUGGAAUAUAUAAUAUUACAGUUUGGAACAUCAAAAUAUCAAAAAUAUUGAAAAUAGCCAAAAUAUCACUGACAAACACAAGCAGGUUUAAAUCUCAUCAAUUUUGCAGAAGAUCUAGAUGGGGGAAAUGUAUUGAUAUGAAUGUCUGCUAGCUAGAGUCAACUGGAAUUGUUUGUGACUCUUAUUGUUGGAAGGAAGGCCCUAGACUUUCGUCCUGAAAUGCAGAUAUUUGUUAACUGAACAGAGAAGGACAGAAAGGAAGACCUAUUUUUAAGUUACUUUUGCAUGAACUUUUGAAAGGAGGGGCAGGAAAAGGAAAUUAACACUGUGGUACAGUCUACUGAGCAGCCAUCUGCCACACUGGAGAGGGGCACAUUUUAGCCUGCCCUGCAAUCAAGACUCCAAUUGAUCAGUCAAGCAAGCAAUCAGUUUGGCAGAUGUUCUGCUGGUAUUGUUUUCUAUAACUAAUAGGGUGAGUGCUUCAAAGUACCAUGGUUUUAUUUGAAUUGACUUCCUUCAUCUCAUUCAGUCCUUUACCGCGCGUUGGGGGUGAAAGAAUCUGUCGGUUUUGUUUUCUCGGUUAUUCAGUCCUAGAUGCAGUUCUUUGUGAUUAAAAACAAAACCAAUCCUCGUGAAAAUUCUUCAGAAUUUUAGUGCGAAUUCCUCCUAACAAACCAUAUUUUUUUUACAAUCAGUUUUGAAUAAUGUACACAUUUUUGCAAGCAUUCCCCCCCCCCCCAUUUUGUAACUAGUUCAACAAACAUGUUUGUUUUUAUAGGCACUUUCUCCUAAUUUAUGCAUUUUUAUUAGCAUUGUUUGGCAGGAGAACUGGAUCAAAUGUGUGGAUUUUGAAGGCUGCAAGAUUUUCGGUUCUCGUAAUGUUUUGGAAAGUGCGGAUUUGAUAAUUUCUGCUUUAAAUGGAAACCAAAUAAAAUUUAUCCUCCAUCCCUAAUUGCGAUGAAGCCCAAUUUGGGAUGCCUAGUGGUAUUACAUAUGGCUGCGUGUGGAUGUAACUUGUCCUAUCUAUCUCAUGGGAUAGUUGCAAAAAUAAAAGGAACAGGAAUGGUGGAGCAUACUGCUAACCAAGAUGGGACGGGAACUCUGUCAACCUCCUAAAUUAGCUUUGAGUGUGGGAAUCAAUAUCUUUUUUGAGCUAAAUCUGGUUAGUGUUAGAAUGAUGCCUUUCUCAGUUGUGGUUCCAACGAAAUAAGCUAAAUAAGCUCAGGAAAGCAAUGAAAUCUUAACAAGCAGCCGUGUUUGGGAAAGUUUUUAAUGCUCGAUGUUUUGCUAUGUUUUUAUAUAUGCUGUAAGACGCUCAGAGUGGCUGGGGAAACCCAGCCAGAUGGGCGGGGUAUAAAUAAUAAAAUUAUUAUUAAAAAUUAUUAGUAGUGAUUUUGACAAGUCCUUGAGCCCUAGUCUGCUGGGGCUGCAAUGAUGUUUGGCCAGAGAUGGGGAAACUGCAACUAUCCAAAUGUUGCGGGCCUCACAUUUCCCCUGGCAUUUGGCCAAGUUGGCUGGGGCAGGUGGAAGUUGGCAUUCAAUAACAUCUGGAGAGCUAACCAGCCACUCCAGUUUUGGAUAUUUCCUCCCACUUUUGUUAUGAUGAGGCUUUGUCGAUGCAAUUCCCAGCAUUGUAUUUUUGCUGUGCAUCCCGCCUUCAUGACUUCCUUAGUGAAAUGCAGAAGGAACACCGCAACAUAAAUCAAUGAUAAAGCUGUGGCUGCAAACCUCAGUGUGACAGCUGAAAACCCCUGGGAAUUUCUUCUUCUUUGCUAGAACUCCGCAUCUCUAAUUCUAGACUGAGCGAAGCUUUUUUGGUUCAGCUGCAAUGGCAGGCAGCGAUAAUAUAGUAGCAUUGGGGAAGCAUCAGGGAACAGCUGAUAAAAGACACUGAUGUGCUGACAGUCCACCACAAAUGCACUAUUGUGCCAAUGACAUGUUGCAGAAUUAAUCCACAAAACCACCGGUCUGAAGCUGCCCAAAUCUGCGAGGGCGACUUUGUUUGGCUUGGUGGGCUGGAUCUGGCUUGCCAAACACAGUCUACACAUUCCUGUCCUACACCCAGACUUGGACCAAAGUCUCCCCUUCCCUGCCAUUCCACGGAAACUGCUGGAUGUACAUGAAGGACUUGCAGCCAGCCUGUUUUUAGAACUCCUGCUCCUCCUAUAGACACCCAACUUUUUAUCAUUUCUUACAGUUGGCGGCCGAGAAAACAGACUCAGCAGCAUUGAGCAUUUCCCGAACAGCUGCUCUUAAGAUUUGCACAGCUCACGACAGUGAUUUGGAAUUGCAGGGGAAAUAAACCUACUGUGAUAGUCAGGAGAGGUUUGGGUAAUCAAAGUCCUUGAAUUCUCACCUCCUGUGCUGGAUUUUACCAAUCGCAGGGUAAGUGAUACUAACGUUUUACUUAGAAGCUACAUGCCUUGGCUAUCACAAAAGCCAGAUACCACUAUACAGAACUCUGAAUGAAGGAAACAGGUCCUAAUUCUAUAGACACUUUUCCAGGAGAAAGCCCAGCAUUGAAUUCAAUGGGACUUAUGGACGCAUAUUGGUUUACCCAGUUAAAGCGUGUUCUCCCUAGUGGAGAGCGCGUGUUGCGGUGGGGUCGACCAGGCCACCCCUCUGUUGCCAGGCAGGAUUACUAAGGAAGCCUGUGGCAACGAUUGGGUGGCUGGGUUGCUGGGGUAAAUCCUAUGUUGCAAUAUGGUGGGAGGGAUCGGAUGUUUUAAAUCCUGUGAACGCAGCUUGGAGCCUUUCUCUUUCGCUGCGUGCAACGGAUCACCCGCCCACCCGCCCUAAUUUUAUGGGUUUUGCGUUGACCUUGCUAUGCUUGUCAUGGGGUCAUCUGCCGUUGGGGCAGGGGCCUGGUAGGAAUUUUGUCCAUCUGGCUGAUUGGCUGGGCCAUUUGGUUUUUGCCUACUGCGUAGCAAAUCGUCACAACUUGUAAGGUUGCGGUUAGGCAUUGGUUAUCAGUUGGUUGGAGGAGGGGUUAGGAUUGGCUGGGCCUGCCCCUCCGAGGUUUCUGCGGAAAGGGAAUUCCGUUAGAGGAAUCCAGGGACUUGCCAUCUUUUCGUCCGAAUCCCUGGAAUGGGGCUAGGGCCGGCAAGCCCUGGGGAGCAUGCGGGAAGCGGGGAGGGUCUGUGCCUCAGCUCCAUUUCUCCCCAAUAUUGUUUUCCCUUACUGGCUUCUGCUGGAAUCCAGAAGUCAGUUCUAUCCCUGGGCAAGGACAGAUAGUUGUAACCAAUGCCUAAGCAGCCACUCACAUUUAUGUAUUUAAAUAAAGUUGUGGCCAAAAUUAUGCCAAAAACCUUAAACAAAAUUUAUGUGUGUGUUGUGAGGGGUGGCUUGGGGAACCUCGACACGCAACCAGUUACAGUGGUACCUCAGGUUACAUACGCUUCAGGUUACAUACGCUUCAGGUUACAGACUCCGCUAACCCAGAAAUAGUACCUCGGGUUAAGAACUUUACCUCAGGAUGAGAACAGAAAUUGUGCUCCGGUGGUGCGGCAGCAGCAGCAGCAGCAGCAGCAGGAGGAGGCCCCAUUAGCUAAAGUGGUGCUUCAGGUUAAGAACAGUUUCAGGUUAAGAACAGACCUCCAGAACGAAUUAAGUACUUAACCCGAGGUACCACUGUACUGACCAAGGGCUAAGCCCCCCCCUUCCAAUUUCCAAUGGUAUAUCUCCCAUGUAUUAUUCCAUAUGGCAGAAAUGAAGCUCAGUUGUUUGCUUUGGAGGCAAAAGGUCCCUGUUUCAAUCCCUGAGGACCUCAAAUAGACUCCUGUCUGAAUCUUUUGUGAGUUCUUGCAGCCUCCUUAGGAGCUUUGUGGACUCUCCUUCCUUGGAGGUUUUUAUCCUGUCCUGGAUUCUUUAGCUGAGUUUCCUGCAUUGCAGGGGGUUGGACUAGAUGACCGUUGAGGUCCCUUCCAACUCUGCAAUUCUAUGAUUCCUGCUGCUUGUUAUUGUAGAUAAUACCAGUGUUCUAAUUCAGUAUAAGAAAGUUUCCUGGAUACCAUUGAAUUGAUUCUAGGGGAUUUGCUGCUCAGACAGCCAUUUAGAAAGUUUUAUGCCAGUAUCUUCACAUGAGUUUAUUCCCCAUCUUUUGUCACUGAUUUAAUAUUUAUCAUUUAUAUUUAGUCUGCUGGAUGAUACACUAAUCCACAGCAAUAGACCACACAUUUAGCAUUAUCAUGGAUUAAAAUGCAUGGUUUCAUUCUUAACAUCAUUGCAUUCCCCAUUUUCUGUCACUGCUUUAAUCUUGUUUAUAUUUGGCUAUAUACUGAUCCUCAUCAGCAGACUAAAUAUUCAAUAUUAUCAUUGAUUACAAAUACAUUAUUUUGCUGUUUUAUUUAAUUGUUGUUUCUUAUAUCAUCUACAUAGAUUCUUCAUAUUCUGUGA